CCUGUCCCUCGUCCGUCCCCCGUCUCCCGUCGGUCCCCCCGGGGGCCCCCUUGGCCAUGGCGGCCUUCGAGGAGCCCGACGGCCGGUCCCGCUCCCGCUACGAGUCCCUGUUCGGGAAACUGGACCAAAACGCGGACGGCAGGGUGGACAUCGCCGAGCUGCACCGAGCCCUCGCCGACCUGCGCCUCCCGCUCGGGAGCGACGCCGAGGAGAAAAUUUUUAAAGCUGGAGAUACCAACCAGGAUGGACAGCUAGAUUUUGAAGAAUUUACGAAAUACCUUAAAGAUCAUGAGAAAAAAAUGAAACUGGCAUUUAAGAGUCUGGAUAAAAACAAUGAUGGAAAAAUCGAUGCUUCAGAAGUGGUUCAGUCUCUCAAGAUACUGGGUAUAGAUAUUUCUGAGCAACAGGCGGAAAAGAUCCUUCAGAGCAUCGACGCAGACGGCACAAUGUCAGUGGAUUGGAACGAAUGGAGGGACCAUUUUCUAUUUAAUCCGGCAGCAAACCUUGAGGAGAUUGUCCGCUUCUGGAAACAUUCCACCGUGCUUGAUAUUGGGGAAAGCUUAGCUAUACCCGACGAAUUCACCGAGGAGGAGAAAACAACUGGUCAGUGGUGGAGACAGCUGUUGGCGGGCGGUGUUGCCGGUGCCGUCUCUCGGACCGGCACGGCGCCAUUAGAUCGACUGAAAGUCAUGAUGCAGGUUCAUGGUUCAAAGUCCAAUCAAAUAAAUAUAGUUAGUGGCUUUAAGCAGAUGGUGAAAGAAGGAGGUAUCCGUUCUCUUUGGAGAGGAAAUGGAGUGAAUGUCCUUAAAAUUGCACCUGAGACAGCUGUUAAAUUUUGGGCAUAUGAACAGUAUAAGAAACUGCUUACUAAAGAUGGUGCCAAAGUGGGAACGAUAGAAAGAUUUAUCUCUGGUUCUCUGGCUGGAGCCACUGCACAGACCUUUAUCUACCCCAUGGAGGUCCUCAAGACUAGACUGGCUGUUGGGAAAACUGGCCAGUACUCUGGGAUGUUUGAUUGUGCCAAGAAGAUACUGAAACACGAAGGUCUGCGAGCCUUCUACAAAGGCUAUAUUCCUAACUUCCUGGGGAUCAUACCAUACGCAGGCAUAGACCUGGCUGUUUAUGAGCUUCUGAAGAAUAACUGGCUGGACCGUUACGCCAAAGACUCUGUAAAUCCCGGGGUGCUUGUUCUCCUGGGAUGCGGUACUAUGUCCAGCACGUGUGGGCAAUUAGCCAGUUACCCACUGGCCUUGGUGAGGACCCGCAUGCAAGCUCAAGCCAUGGUGGAAGGAGCUCCCCAGCUGAAUAUGGUUGGCCUGUUUCAGCGGAUAAUUAGGAAAGAAGGCGUCCUAGGACUCUAUAGAGGCAUCACCCCCAACUUCAUGAAAGUGCUCCCUGCAGUCAGCAUCAGCUAUGUGGUGUAUGAGAAAAUGAAACAAAAUCUGGGACUAGCCUGAAGGCUUGAAGGGUUGACCCGUUGGGAUCAGUGAGAUUGCUUAAAGCAAAAUGGCAAGUUUCGUGUUUUUAAAAUUCCAACAAAACUCGGGGAAAAACUGCUGUAUGUUUUCCUACAAGGGUGAGUAGGUAACAAAUAGCUCUUGACCCAAUUUCCUCUUUUUUAAUAAGCCAAAAUGACAAUUGAGUUAUUAAAAGCAGAGAGUUGAGGUUUGGGAAAUUCUUCCUAAAUUAAAAUCUCAAUUUGUACUUCCCAAGCGCUAAUUUGUACUUCCCAAGCGCUUAGUACAGUGCUCUGCACAUAGUAAGCGCUCAAUAAAUACGAUUGAUGAUGAUGAUGAUCUCAAUCUAACGCACACUUACUUCUCUUCAUGAACUUCCUGAUCACCGGACCGUCCUGAAAUAUAAACCUGAUAGGGCUGGCGGUGAGUUAGAUUGUAGUUUAAGAUUUUAAAACUUUCACCUCUUGUCCAGAACUAUUGAAUGCGAUAAACUAUUUUUUUUUAAUUGAAACUUGCAAUCUAUUUUGCAGAGAAUGAUUGAUUAGUGUACGUAAAUUUAGUACUAGCAAACAAGUACUACUUUUGCUCAUCUUUAUUUAAACACAGUGCAAAGGAUCAAUCUUUUGUGCACCAGAAUACCUCAGUCUCCAUCAGUGCCGUGUGUUUUUAAUGGAGUUGUGAUGAUUUUAUUGCUCAUUUCAUUAUGUGAUCUUACAUUUGACUUGUACAUGCAGUAUCAAUAUCGUUGACGUCUUUGUUUUUAGGUAUGACUUCUGAAUUUUAAUCGGGAAUCAUCAGUGUGGCAAGUGUGUACUAAUUGUAUGAGAAUUAUUGCGUAUGAUCUAGGAGUGGAAAAAUGAGAGUACAUUGAGUUAGAUCCAUAUAGAACCUAAAAAUUUAUCUGUUUUCCCCUUUCUAUGAAUUCUCCCUUGAAGCAGGUUUUACUGAAUCAUUUCUCGAAACAGCUUCUGUUGAAUCAGUUGUGACCAGGCAAACUAUGAAAUACGUUCCUUGAUUAUUGAAAAUGCUUGCUAAUGGGUAAAUGAUACCUUCAUUCUUCUUGAGUUAAAUUUAUUGGCUCCAUUUUUCUAAACUCAUAGUAGUAUGGAGGUUAAGCUGUAAAUGGCAGAACAGAGUUAACUUCCAAAGCACUGGAAUUCUCCCAAAGAUUAUAUUUUAAUAAAACGUGUUUUAUUACAAGUCACUUGUGAGUUAAAAGUCACUCCUAGAUACAGAUAGGACAAUUUCAGUAACUUAAAACUCAUCAUCAUUGAGAGUUGUAUGCCUACAGUGCCUUGAAAUAAACUUUUUUAAAUGUGUAAUAGUAGUUAUGAUAUUUGUUAAGCACUUACUGUGUAUCAAGCACUGUUCUAAGCAUUGGGGUCGAUGCAGGUUAAUCAGGUUGGAUGCAUAAUGUUUAAAAAUCUCAUAAUGCAUAAUGUUGAAAAUCUCAAUUAUGCUUGCACACCCCACAGUCAGUACCUAGACUGACUAUGGAAUAUAGCUGUUGUCGAACAGAAGGAUGUAAUUUAGCCAUUAAAUCAGAGUGGAUGUCCCUUUCUCAGAUGAAAAGAUAAAGCCCUUGAUUGAUAGUUGGGGUUUGAAUGUAAUCGUUGUUCAUACUCUAUCAAAUUUUGAAAUCUAGGAAGGAACCCAGAGACACUGAGCGUUGGUUCGACAAAAGCCACUUUUCUAGUUGUCUCCCCUUGAUUUUACAGCAACGCUUCGAAGUUACUUUACAGUUUUCUGUAAACGACACUCCUGAUGCUUUGAAACUCUAAUGACUUUGAAAUAAGGUUUUUUUUUAUUUUAUCUUUUUAUUUUACACUUUUAGCAUGCCCCUACCUUCUUACUUGGAUAGAUUGUGUGCUAGGCUAGCAUCUUUUUACAUAUAGCUUUUGUCUUAACAUAGCGUUUUAUGGCAUGUAUGAUUUAGGAAGUUUUAUCUUUCAGUGGUUUCAUCUGAUUAAUAAGAGAAGACAAGGUAGAAGAAUCAGACAACCAAAAGUUUUCCAGGAAACAAAACGUAGACCUUUUUGUUACUUUUUCUAAAGUGCCGUUAAAAUGGACAAUAAAGUUUCAAAGAGAUCAGGUAAAUGUUUUCCCCCCCCAACUGCUGGAAAAUAGUGAAGAUAUUUGCCUUUCAUUGUUUGUAUUUUGUAAAAGUCAAAAGAGAUUUAUAUAUACUUCAUGCAUUUCAAUACAAUGCUGUUUAUAUUCUCAAGUAAAAGAACAGCCUAUGUCCAUAGCAAAUUCAGAACCACUUGAAAUAAAAACAAUUUAAAAAGG